CGCCUGUUUACUUUAACUUUCUCUCUCUAACCAGCGCCUCCUUCACUCUCUCUCUCAGAUAAACCCUUUUCGUCCCCUCUUUCCCGGUCUCCCCUUCUCGUGAAAUUCUUUCCUCCUGCUAACCAAAGAACACUGUGAACUUGAGCCCUGAUCUUCUUUUUGGUGGGAAUCGGCGAAUUCUUUUGCUGUGGAUCUACUAUUUCGGCUGUAAAGAGUGGCAAAUUCUGAGGGUUUUUGCGAGGGUUUCUGGAGAUCGUCUAGCCAGGGGAUCUCUCUGGGUUAUGUUGAAUUGCUAUAUGAAAAGGAAAUCAACAUACAAUGCCACCGAGUAGGAAAAAAAGUGUCAACAAGCAAUUUCCUACGGACGUCUCUCCUCAGAAAAAGGCCAGGAACUGGGGAAAAAAUGUGGAGCAAGUGACUGCAGUGAAGAGGAAGUCUUCCUAUAAGUUGGGGCCACCCUGGCAUGAAAAUGAGAUACAGAAGUUCUACAAAGCAUAUCGCAAGCAUGGGAAGGACUGGAAAAGGGUCACUGCUGAAGUCGGUACUCGAUCUUUGGAAAUGGUGGAGGCUCUUUACAAGUUACAUCGGGCAUACCUAUCACUUCCUGAAGGAACAGCUUCCGUGCAUGGCCUUAUAGCAAUGGUGUCUGAUCAUUACAGUGUUCUUCAGGCAUCAAGUGGUAGUGAAAGAGAGGACAAUGGUGUUCCACAGAUGUCCCACAAAUCUCUCAAACGCAAGAGAGCGAAAGUUCCGCUUAGUGAGCAAACAGAGCUGCCUCUUGAUGGAUGCAUGUCUCUUUUGAAGAGAGUGCGUUUACUUGGUGGUCAUCCUCGUGCAGUUGGGAAAAGGACGCCUCGUUUCCCUGUUUCAUACAACAAAGACAAUGGGAUAAAUUAUGCUUUUCAGCGCAAUAGGAGGUUAGAUGCUGAUUCCAAGGAAGAAGAGGUAGCACAUGUUGCUGCCUUGGUAUUAACUGAGACAUCACGUAGAGGAGGCUCUCAAGUUUCCCAGGCAUCCUGUGUCAGAAUUGAGCAGGGCACUUCAUCAUUUGUUAAAAGCAAAGAUAAGAAGGCAGAGUCAGCUCUAGAAAAACUUUAUGAUGUUUCCAUACAUGAUGGUCGGAUACCAGGGGCUAGAAGUAAGGGUAUUAGGAACGUUGAGUAUGAUGGAAAUGUAGGCUCGAUUGAAAGAAAAGAAAAAAAGAGUCGUGGAAAGAAAAUGAAAGUUGGAGUGAUUGGCCAUCUUAAGGUUGAUGGUGUGCAAGCUUCUGGGGGCACGGAAGAAGGUCAAGAAUUAAGUGGUUUGAGCAGAAAAGUUGAUGCAAAGGUUUCAAAUGGAAAGCUUAAGGUGACAUCUCCUCAAGGCGUAAAGAGAAGAAGCAAGAAAUUAUUUUCUGGAGACGAAUUUUCUGCUCUGGAUGCGUUGCAGACAUUGGCUAAUCUCUCUGUGAUGGAAUCUGAGUCUUCUGCCCAAGUGAAGGAAGAAACAAGUACAGUCGAUUUGGGGAGUAUAUCUGUCGACCAGAAUAGAGACAUAACUGAAGUCUCAUCCAUGAAGGAAAAAGUACGUGAUACAGUCAUUGGAGUUGAAGCUGCCACCUCCAGGAAGCCAAAGUCCAGAAGAGUCUCAGAAACUGAUGGUAGACAUGCGAGUGAAGCCAACCAGCCAAAUGAUUCCUUGAAUGAUAAUACCCUAAAAAGGAGACGUCCAUCUUUGGUGUCAAGAUCUCAGGCACCAAGUGUUGAAGCUGACGCAAAUCCUACUCUUAGUGAUUUACUGAAGACCAAGGACUUGCCUGGAGAAGAGAUCUUUCCUGAUAAAGAGAAACAAACCAGUGAAGUGUGUGAUCCUUCUGGACUACUGAAAAAAUCUGGUUCAGGUUACAAUGGUGAUCAGGCCAAUGAACCAAGUGGUCCAUCAGCGUCAGCUGAACAUGUUGUAAACAGACAAACUAGUUUACCAAUGCCAUCAAGAAAAACUAGACGCAAGAGAUCCCCUAAUAAUAUAGUGGGUGAGAAGAGUGAAGCUAUUGUCUGCUCCUUGCCAUUGCAAGGGGGAGCAUCUCAUCCAAAGGAAGACGUUUCUUCUUGUCUUUCUUCUCCUUUUAUUCGUAGAUGGUGUACAUUUGAAUGGUUCUACAGUGCCAUUGACUACCCUUGGUUUGCCAAACGGGAGUUUGUCGAAUACUUGAAUCAUGUUGGGCUUGGCCACAUUCCUACUCUAACUCGUGUUGAAUGGGGUGUCAUAAGAAGUUCCCUUGGAAAACCCCGGAGGUUUUCUGAGCAUUUUCUCCAUGAAGAAAGGAGCAAACUUCAACAAUACCGUGAGUCUGUGAGGAAACAUUACAGUGAGCUCCGUGCCGGUGUCAGGAGUGGACUUCCAACAGAUCUAGCAAAACCCUUGUGUGUUGGACAGCGUGUAAUUGCUAUUCAUCCACGGACAAGGGAACUCCAUAAUGGAAGAGUGCUAACAGUUGAUCAUGAAGAAUGCCUGGUGCAGUUUGACAAUUCUAAGAUUGGAGUUCAAGUUAUCAAGGUAGUUUCAGUCUGAUAAAUAGAGAAUAAUUUUGAUUUUCAUGAAAUCUAUGUAGUAGGCUCAUAUGUGAAGAAAAUUGUUCCAUAUAUAAGUACUUCGAUGCUAGGAAGCUUAACUCACUCGGGUCAGUGGAGAGUGUGCCUACUCCCAUAAAUACCAGAAUAAAGCAAGCUCAGGCUACAGAGCGUACUACUUCACAACUUAUGGCAUUAGGUAUUCAAGCUUUCGAUGCCCAAAAUGUUACUCCUGGUCAAUUUUCGGCAACGUCAGCUCUUGAUCUGACUCAUUCACUCAAUAGAAAGCAAGGAAACCAGAUGCACCUCCCUUGGUUUGCUUCCUCGGCCCAUUCCAAUUCUUAUCACAGUUCGUUUGCUUCCCAAGAUACGGGAUCUGCUGCAGCAGCUGAAAUCGUCAACAGCUCAAGACAAAGAGCUCACAAGAUGCUUGAUGCUGCUCUUCAGGCAUUCUCAUCGAAGAAAGAAGGGGAGGAUGUUUUUACUGGGAUCAAGGAGGCUUUAGAUAAGAUGGACAACAACGGGCGAGGAGUUACAUCGUCGAUGCAGAAAUCAUCAGAGUCCCAAGCGAACCUCUCAUCCUCCCUAGUCACAUCCCCAUCAGAGCUCAUGACUUCAUGCGUCGCCACUUUGCUCAUGAUCAAGAUGUGUACCGAACGACAGUAUCCUCCUGCAGAUGUGGCUCAGAUAAUAGAUUCUGCAGUCACCAACUUGCAGCCUUGUUGUUCGCAGAACCUCCCGAUAUACCGAGAGAUACAGACGUGCAUGGGAAGAAUCAAGACGCAAAUAUUAGCUCUGGUGCCAACAUGAACAUAAGACGUCAUCAUGCUCACUAUACAUGUCUUUUUGCCUGUAUCGGUUUAGAUUUGCUUCUCUGCCAUUGUAGAUAUAUAUGAUGGGGCGGAGUUUCUUCAUUUUAGGUAGGAGAUCACAUAUAACUAGAUAAUCGUAAUAGUCAAGUUUUUGCAUCCUCCCUUUUCUGCCGCUAGUUUUAGAAGCUGGGAGUUUGCUCUAUCAGCUGGGUCGAAGGAGCAAACUAGAAGAAGUUCUUGUGAACUCGUGAAAUGGAGCCAUGUUUUAGUUCUUACAUAUGUGAUUAUUUUAACUUUGACUAUUAUUGGCGGCUAAUCUCGUCGUUAAUCUAACUAGUUAAUGACCGUGAAAUCCACGUGGAUGGAUCAAAAUUCUUGAAUUUCAAUAAAUAUAAGUGGUUUCAU